AUGGGAAGUGAGCAUUAUUGCCUGAGGUGGAACAAUCAUCAGAGCAACCUGCUGGGCGUAUUCAGCCAGUUGCUGCACGACGAGAGCUUGGUGGACGUUACGCUCGCCUGUUCCGAAGGGGCCUCCAUAAGGGCUCAUAAGGUAGUACUGUCUGCGUGCUCAUCGUACUUCCGAUCGCUGUUUAUAGACCAUCCGUCGCGCCAUCCUAUCGUGAUUUUGAAGGACGUCGGUUUGGAGGAGCUACGAACGCUCGUCGACUUCAUGUACAAGGGCGAGGUCAACGUCCAGUAUUGUCAGCUGCCAGCGCUCCUAAAAACUGCCGAGAGCCUUCAGGUAAAAGGAUUAGCUGAAAUGACCACUUUAAGCGCGGCCGGUAUUGACGCACGAAACGUUCCGGAGCCGAUGGAGGAGAGUCAGCCGCAAGACAUGCGAGACUGCACAGAAACGCAUGAGGUAUCAGACGAAAGGGAAAAUCGAGAAAAGGAAGAGGGGCGAGAUUCUAGAGAAGUGCGAGAAAGAGAAUGCAAAGAAAGUCGUGACAUCAGAGAUAGUCACAGGGAAACGAGAGACGUACGGGAUUUGCAAAGAGAAAGAGAACUGAGAGACCGCGACUUACGCGAACCACGCGAUUUGCGAGAAAUCAGAGAGUUGAGGGAAUCUCGCGACUUGCGCGAAUCAGUCAGAGAUCCUAGAGAGUCACGCGAGUGUAAAGACAGCCGAGAACCUCGUGACAUAAGAGAAAUACGUGAACAUAGAGAACUGCGAGAAACACGUGAUCCAAGAGAGGCGCCAGAUGUUUCACCUCCCAGAAUAUCCCCUCUGCUAUCAGUACGCAGGUUUAGAUCAGAGACUUCAAUCGAGACACCGACUCCCAUACAUCCUCAUAUACCGAAAGAUGAGCCACCGGACGAACCUAUACGUCCACCUUCUACUGAAGAUGAUUCAAUAUCAAUAAGAUCAAACGGUGCUAAUAUCGGUCUCAACAUGACGAUAAACAGCCAUAGUAGUGGUAGUGUCUUAGGGCCGAGAUACUCACCUGUGGAGCAAAGGUUAAGUGUGCUUAACACUUUACCUCAUCCAGGUCUGCCUCACCCAUCACACCCAUCGCUGCCAAGCCCUAGAAAUGAACCAAUUGCUGGGCCUUCUGGAUUACCACCAGUUCAACAAGUACCAUUAUCCUUAAAAAAAGAAGUGGACUGGGAGAGGAGCAAUGAAGACAAAAUGGGGGAGACAGCAGCUGAAUACAGGAUGCAACAUGAAACAGAGUACGAAGGGUCCGGUAGGGGGCGAAUUGAGGAGGGGGAGAGGGGUUUUCCUUGCAUACACUGUGGCGCGGCGUUCCCCCACCAGAAUAAACUGGCGAGGCAUAUAUUGACCACCCAUACGCUCGAGUCGCUCAAGUAUCGCGACGCGAUACUGGGCAGACCUAUUGGCCUGCCAAUGAUUGGACAGUUCAGCGAGCCUACGUAUAUGGCGAUGCCCUCGGAGGAGGCGCCCAUCGAUUUAGACAUUGGCCCCGUCGAGCCGGGGAACGUGGUGCUAUGCAAGUUUUGCGGCAAGAGUUUCCCGGACGUGUCCUCGCUGAUAGCCCACCUGCCGGUGCAUACGGGCGACAGGCCCUUCAAGUGUGAAUUCUGCGGGAAAGCGUUCAAACUGCGCCACCAUAUGAAGGACCACUGUAGGGUGCACACGGGUGAACGGCCUUUUCGUUGCGUCCUAUGCGGCAAGACUUUCUCCCGGUCGACCAUUCUGAAGGCGCACGAGAAGACCCACUAUCCGAAGUACGCGAGGAAAUUCCUCUCGCCAAGUCCCGUGGACACGGAGGAAGAAAGCCCCCACCAA